AUGGACCUACCGCUAAUCCAAGGGGUGAGUUUAACUCUCAACGAUAUUGCGGGGCUUAUACAAACUCUUUCUACACAAUAUGGAGAGUUGAGUGGAAGAUUGGGAGUCAUGGAUGAACGGUUUGCAAGUUUGCAACAAAGUGUGCAAAACAAUGAUGUGAGAGCAGAUAAUUUGGUCGGUGGAACUCUUCCAUACCAACGAGGAGUUGGGAAUAGCAUGUCACCAUCUUCUUCAUCUACUCGUUUAGAUCCUCGCAUCCAACUCAACAUACUAGUAUGCAAAGAGAAAUUCCAUUCCAAGAAUAACCAUGGCAAUCAAAGGAGUGAUGAGAGAAAUGCAAGGGGGAACUUUGAUAACCAAGAAAGAGGGUUGAACACUAUCAAGGUGACUUUGCCAAAAUUCAAGGGAAGUAGUGACCCGGAAGAGUUCUUAGAGUGGAUAUUACAAAGUGAAGGCAUCUUUCAAGUGAACAACAUUUCAAAUGCUAUGAAAGUCAAGUAUGCCAUUACUCAAUUUGAAGAUUUUGCUACUACUUGGUGGGAAACUCACAAGAGAACAAGAGAGAAAGAUGGACGCCUUCCACCUGAAGAUUGGAGAGAGAUGAAAGUUCUAAUAAAGAAGAGAUUUGUGCCGGAAUACUACAAUGAAGAGCUUCAAAAAAAGUUCUACACUUUGCAACAAGGCAACAAAAGUGUGAAUGAGUAUUAUGAAGAAUUUGAAAGGAUAAGAUUGAGGGCCAACAUUGAAGAUAAUAAUGAUCGUAAUAUCCCAAGAUUUGUAGCGGGUUUGAACAAGGAGAUUUCUUCUCCUAUGAGGUUGCAUAGAUACUUUGAGUUAGAAGAAGCUUCUCAAGCGGCCUUGAAAGUUGAGGAAGGGAUCAAAGAAGAUAAAAUCUACACUCCAAAGGUUCCUACUACUUCAUGGAACAAAAGAAAAGAUUCUUGGAAGCCUUCAAGUUCAUGGGAUAAGUCUAAGGAACAAAAGCAAGAUUUCAAGAAUCAAGUUGACAAGCACAAGCCUAAGUUGGAGAGCAAAGAAGGUAGUAACAAAUCUAAAUUUAAUUCUCCUUCUUCUAUUAAAUGUUUUAAAUGUCAAGACUAUGGUCACAAGAUGAAUGAGUGUCCCAAUAGAAGAACCAUCCUUGCUAUGAAUGGUGAAGGGUACUUGACCGACGAUAGUGACAAUGAAGAAGACCAUGAACCUUGUGAUGAUGACUUUGUAGUAGAAUCGGAUGACCACCAAGGAGAAUAUGAUACGGGCUUAGUAGUGAGAAGAAUUAUGCAAGUUCAAUUCAAGAUCAUGGAUUCCACAUGUUUUUUAAUCAUAGAUGGUGGGAGCUCUACAAAUGUGGCAAGUGCGUACUUGGUUGAACACUUGAAAUUGUCAACUAGAAAUCAUCAUACACCAUAUCGGCUUCAAUGGUUAAAUAAUUGUGGAGAAUUGAAGGUCACCAAGCAAGUUCUAAUUAAAUUUAGUAUUGGCAAGUACCAUGAUGAAAUCAUUUGUGAUGUGGCACCUAUGCAAGCUUGUCAUCUACUACUUGGUCGACCUUGGAAAUUUGAUAGAGGAGCUAAGCAUGAUGGAAGGGCCAAUAAAUAUUCCUUUGUCAUGAAUGGGCAAAAACACAUUCUUAAUCCCUUAACACCAUUGCAAGUAAAUGAGGGAUACAAAAAGAUGAGGGAACUAAGAGAGAGGAUUACAAGAGAGGAUAAGAGAACAAAUAAUAAGGGGAGUAAGGGAGAGAAAACUGGAAAUUUAAGAGAGGAAAUAGAAAUUAACGAGAUUUAA